UCCAGCCAUGCUGUCUACUUUAGUUUCUGCUCUACUCCUUGUGGUCACCCUGACGGGCGUGCUACCGUAUGUGGCUUCUUCGCGUGGCCACCUCGGGGUCCUCUCAGAUGGGUCGCCGGGUGACCAUCUCCUGAUGAUGGAGAGAUUCCACGGGUGGAUGGCCAAGCACGGCCGGUCAUACCCGACCGUCGAGGAGAAGCUGCGGCGGUUCGACAUAUACCGUCGCAACGUGAUGUUCAUCGAGGCCGCGAACCUGGACGGGAGGCUCACGUACACCCUCGGCGAGAACCAGUUCACCGACCUCACCCACGAAGAGUUCCUGGCUAAGCACACCAGCCGCCCUGUGGCACCGUCGGACCUUGCUAGGAACGAAGAGGAGAUUCUCAUUACAACUCGCGCUGGCGUUGUUGAGGAGGCCAAGUGCAAGGCUGCGCCUGAUGAUGUGCCUCGUAGCAUUAAUUGGACCGAUCGAGGAAAAGUCACCAAGGUGAAGGAUCAAGGCCACAUAUGCGGGGCUUGCUGGGCUUUUGCUGCAGUUGCCACUAUCGAAAGCGCUUACGCGAUUGCCAAGGGGGUAGAGCCACCGGUUCUGUCGGAGCAGGAACUCAUCGACUGCGACCAGUUCGACGAUGGAUGCAGAGUCGGACUCAUGUCCAACGCUUACCAGUGGGUACAGAGGAACGGUGGAAUCGCCAACGCCUCAACAUACCCCUACCAUGAGAGGCUACAAACAUCUCAAAACAAGGAGAAGGACGGCACGUGUGAGGAAGCGAAGCUGCGGGAACACGCGGUCACGAUCCGACGCUACAAAUAUGUCAGGGGGAACUGCGAGGAGCAGCUCAUGGCGGCUGUGGCGGCACGGCCCGUCGCCGUCUUGUUUGACGCACAUAACUACUGCUUCCAGCACUACGAGAGUGGUGUGUUCGAUAGCAUGUGCAUCGAUAAGGAUGACCAUAAGAAAUUAGUCGGCCCAUGCACGUCAGACCACCUCACCCACUCCAUGGCCAUCGUCGGGUAUUCCGGCAAGGGGAACGACGUCGGCAAGUACUGGAUCGCCAAGAACUCGUGGGGCGACUAUUGGUGGGGAGAGGAAGGCUACAUCCGGCUGAAGAAGGAUGUGGCUGACCCUAGAGGACUCUGCGGCCUUGCAAUUGAGCCGGUAUACCCUAUAGUCUGAUGUGAUGAGAUCCAGCUAGCGGACUGAAGGUGCCUGCAUCCUACCAAAAUGGCAUUCACGUAUAUAUGUUUGGAUUGCCUACUAUACUCUCCGCUACACAUUUUCCUAUAUUUUACCUCCCAUGCGAUAAAACACAUGUCAUUUAGGCAUCACUACCUAUUGAAUAAA